GCAAAGGGCAGGGAUCCAUCGGCGCGGUGGUGCCCGGGGCGAUGAACGGGGCCGGGAGCUGCUUCGAGGGGCAUCGCCUGGACGGCUGAGGGCAACCAUGUGGGAGCGGGUCAGGAAAGCUCUGCUGAAUUCCCUGUCCACGACUUCCCUGCGCGUCUGGAAGUGGGUGCGGGCUUUCUGGUGUAAAAAUGGCCUCCUGACCCUGUCGAUGCUGUCGGUUGCCACCGGGUGCCUCCUGGGGUUCCUGCUGCGGGCGCUGGAGCUGACGGAGCUGGAGAAGCAGUAUUUUUCCUUUCCUGGAGAGCUCCUCAUGAGGAUGUUGAAGAUGCUGAUCCUGCCCUUGAUCACCUCCAGCCUCAUGUCCGGGCUGGCCACCAUGGACUCCAAGGCCUGUGGGAAGAUGGGGGUGAUCACCAUCACCUACUAUCUUUGGACAACCUUCAUGGCGGUGACCGUCGGGAUCAUCCUCGUGGUCAGCAUCCACCCCGGCGCGGCUGCCCAGAAGGACAACUACUCUGUGGGGAAAGUGGUGCUCAGCUCCGCUGAUGCGUUACUGGAUUUAAUCAGAAACAUGUUUCCUUCCAAUCUCAUCGAAGCUUCGUUCCAGCAGUAUCGAACCGUUCUUGUCCCGGUGGUGAAGUCUCCUGGCUUUACAAAGAUCCCAGGGAAAUCUCUCAGUUUUAUUUACUUUGCGCCUGACGAUAAAAACCCUGAAAUUCAUCGGCCCGUGUUCCUCGAGCUGACGCCGUCCCCUGAGAUGACCUACAGGACCCUGCCUGGGACCAGCAACGAGAUGAACGUCCUGGGAAUCGUCAUCUUCUCAGCCACGAUAGGACUUCUCCUGGGAAAAAUGGGCGAGCGAGGAACUCCGCUGGUCAACGUGUGCCAGUGUCUGAACGAAGCAGUUAUGAAAAUUGUCUCGAUGGCAGUUUGGUACUUCCCCUUUGGCAUUGUAUUUCUCAUCGCUGGAAAGAUCCUGGAGAUGGAAGAUCCAUCAGUUACAGGACAGAAGCUGGGACUAUACGUCAUUACAGUGGUAUCGGGGCUGAUCAUCCACGGGCUCAUCCUCUUACCUCUGCUUUUUGUGCUCAUCACCAAGAAAAACCCCUUUGCUUUCAUUCAGGGGAUACUGCAAGCCUUGCUCAUUGCCUUGGCUACAUCUUCCAGCUCGGCAACCCUGCCCAUCACCCUGAAGUGUCUCCUGGAAAACAACGGGAUAGACAGACGCGUGGCGCGCUUCGUCCUCCCCGUCGGUGCCACCAUCAACAUGGACGGCACGGCGCUGUACGAAGCGGUCGCUGCCAUCUUUAUCGCCCAGGUCAAUGAAUACGACUUGGAUUUGGGACAAAUUAUAACGAUCAGCAUAACAGCGACAGCAGCAAGCAUAGGGGCGGCCGGGAUCCCCCAGUCCGGGCUGGUGACGAUGGUCAUCGUGCUGACUUCUGUGGGGCUGCCCACCGACGACAUCACGCUCAUCAUCGCCGUCGACUGGGCUCUGGAUCGAUUCCGAACUAUGACCAAUGUCCUGGGUGACGCUCUGGCUGCUGGCAUCAUAGCACACGUCUGCGAGAAAGACUUUGCCCCAAAGCCCCCCCCGCAAGAUCCAGGAACCACCACAGAGAAGUUCCCCGCUGCGGAGACCUCACAUCUGCAUCCCAAAGACAACGUGAUUGAAAUGAUCGAAGAAACUUUGUUCGAUCAGACGGGAGUUCAUUACAACAUCUGCCAGGUGUAGAUCGCAGCAUUCCUGCGCCCGGGAACGGGAUCUUGGUGCUCAACACUGACGUUGUGAAUGUCGUACGUGGAUGCUCUGCGAGACGAAGGCCUUACUUGGCACAGAAAGUGGAAAAAUCCUCUCUACCCUUCGAAGACGGUUCCUUCGAAGAGCCCGGCUGCGGGGGACGGGAGGCAGCGCCGGCUGCGAGCGAGCGCCCGGCCGAGCCAGCGGGGACGGAAGGCUUCGUGCCUCGCGGUUUUUUCAAGCCCAGUCCUUUUCGAAGGUUAGGGAGGUGGGACGGUAUCAGAAAACUGGGACUGGACCGGAUGAGAAAGCAGCAGAGACGGGACACAAAUGGGACCCCGCGGGGCAGCAGCCCUUGUCUGCUGGUCAGGCCGCGCUCCAUAAAGUUUUAUUUUCUUUAUUGUAGGUAUUAUUAUUAUUUUUUUUAAUCUCAUGGCUUUUUUAUUAAUAGAUUCUCAUCUAAAAACUAAGAUUAAGUGAAUUUUUGUCCAGAGCUCAAAAUCCAAGUUGGCCAUAACGGGAUUCCCCGGCCGUUACCCGAGGAGAGGAGCAGGACGGCCGGCGGAAGGGCCGGCACGGACAGCCAGACCCACCCGCACCGCCGGGACGGAAGGACCAGCCGUACACCUUUUUACGGUCUGUUUUAUUACAGUGAAACUAAUUGACCGGGCCCAACGGCGACCGUGUUGAUUUUCCCAGCUAAGGAUCUGUCCCUAAGUUCAAAUUCCAAUUACAGCCUUCAAAUCCAGGUUUCCCAGGGCAGCCUCCUCCACAAAAGCCUUUCAUACCAAUGACUCCUCUCGCUGAAUUCGCCUCUCCAAAUGCCACCUCAUCCCCUUUCUCCCUCCUGCUUUGUCUUUCCUGCCCCAGUGUUCACUCUCCUGGAAGCAGCUUAAGCU